UUGUCGAUGUUAUUUGUCGUGUUACAUCAGAUUAGCUCAGCGGUUUUAUUUAGUCGCUCUUUAUCAUAAUGGAACGUCCUGUCCGAUUACGGUGAUAUCGACGUUUGGAGACGUGAAAUCUGAGUUCCUGUGAAAAGUGUCACGGUGCUGACAGACGAAAUGACCUUGAUGAGGUGGUGACCUGAGGCAGCAAGAAGAAAUCCAGAGAUAAUGCUGGCACAUCUGUUCAGGCUGCAUGGCCUGUUCGUGGCCUCUCAUCCAUGGGAGGUCAUAGUUGGCACUAUUACUAUCACCGUCUGCCUCAUGUCUAUGAACACUUUGGCAUCCGUUAACCACAUGUGCAGGUGGAAUGAAUGUCCCAAACGUCAGGAGAAUCUCCAGCAGAGCAGUGACAUUGUUAUUCUAACAGUCACACGAUGCAUGGCCAUCGUUUACAUCUAUUUUCAGUUCAAGAAUCUUCGGCAACUAGGGUCUAAAUAUAUAUUAGGUAUUGCAGGUUUCUUCACAGUAUUUUCCAGCUUUGUUUUCAGUACAGUGGUCAUUCACUUCUUUGGGAAAGAGCUGACAGGCCUCAAUGAGGCCCUGCCGUUCUUUCUGCUACUUAUUGACCUCUCUAAAGCCUGUACAUUGGCCAAGUUUGCCCUCAGUUCAAACUCUCAGGCGGAGGUGAGGGAGAACAUCUCCCAGGGCAUGGCCAUCUUGGGUCCCACUUUCACCCUGGAUGCUCUGGUUGAGUGUCUGGUAAUUGGAAUUGGGACAAUGUCGGGAGUACCUCAGUUAGAGAUCAUGUGUUGUUUUGGCUGCAUGUCUGUCCUGGCCAAUUACUUUGUUUUCAUGACCUUCUUUCCUGCCUGUGUUUCACUCGUCUUGGAGUUGUCCAGAGAAAGCAGGGAGGGCCGUCCUAUCUGGCAACUGAGCCAUUUUGCCCACGUUCUGGCUGAAGAAGAAGACAAGAAGCCAAAUCCUGUAACCCAGAAGGUUAAAAUCAUCAUGUCUCUGGGCCUGGUCCUGGUUCAUGCUCACACUCGACUAGCUGCCGAAAAUCAAGGGCAAAAUCACACAGCCGAGGGGCAUGUAACCAAGUCACUGCACUCCAGAGCUAACAUGGGGCCUCUGCAGCUAACAAGCAUGGACCUGGAACAGGUGAUAACUCUUGGGCUCGCACUGCUGCUUGCUGUCAAGUACGUCUUCUUUGAGCAAACAGAGGCAGAGUCAUCCCUGUCCCUCAGGAGUCCCAUUACCAGCUCCCCUCCUACAAGCAAACCCAGACUGUUAGAGAACUGCUGCAUGAUGGACCUGCAGCCAUCCAAACCAAAGACCAUCAACUUUACCUCAAAAACCAACUUCACCUCCUCUGUGUGUCGAGAGGGAGAUUUGGACUGCCGAGAGAACGAUGCUGAGGUCAGUCAGUCCCCAGCAUGCCCCCUGGAGAAGCAGCCCUGUCAACCUUCUAAAAAUGAGUUUAACUCUAUUUUCAAACCUCGGACUUUGCAGGAAUGUAUGUCUAUACUUGUUGAUCCUCAGAGAGGAGCCAGAUUUCUUAGCGAUGCAGAGAUAAUAAACCUUGUAACUUCACGAAGUAUUCAGAGCUAUAAACUGGAAUCUGUGGUUGAGACUCCAGAGCGUGGUGUGGGUAUCAGGAGGGAAAUGAUAUCAUCUAAUCUGCCUGUGUCCUCUGCCUUGGAUUGUCUGCCAUAUAAAAACUAUGACUAUUCCAAGGUGAUGGGUGCUUGCUGUGAGAAUGUCAUUGGGUACAUGCCCGUGCCGGUAGGAGUUGCUGGUCCUCUUCUUUUGGAUGGAAAGCAGUAUUACAUUCCUUUGGCAACCACUGAGGGUUGCCUGGUUGCCAGCACUAACAGAGGAUGUAACGCAGUUGCUCUGAGUGGAGGCUGCCGCAGCAGGGUCCUGGCUGACUGUAUGACCAGGGGUCCUGUGGUCAGGCUGCCUUCAGCUUGCCAGGCUGCAGAGGUCAAAAUGUGGCUUGAGGGCUCAGUUGGAUUUGGUGUUAUGAAGGAGGCCUUUGACCAGUCCAGCAGGUUUGCACGUCUAGAGAAGCUCUUCAUUGGGUUAGCUGGGAGGAACCUGUACAUUCGUUUCCAGUGUAGGACAGGAGAUGCUAUGGGCAUGAACAUGAUCUCCAAGGGAACUGAAAUAGCUUUGCAGAGACUCCAGCAGCAUUUUCCAGACACAAAGGUUCUAUCACUCAGUGGAAACUACUGUACUGACAAGAAACCCGCUGCCAUGAACUGGAUUCUGGGCCGUGGAAAGUCUGCUGUGUGUGAGGCCACCAUUCCUGCUCAGGUGGUCAGAGAGGUGUUAAAGAGCACCACUGCUGCUCUGGUGGAGCUGAACAUCAACAAGAACCUGGUGGGCUCGGCCAUGGCUGGGAGCAUCGGGGGCUUCAAUGCUCAUGCUGCCAACAUCGUAGCAGCCAUCUACAUCGCCUGUGGACAGGACCCGGCUCAGACGGUGAGCAGCUCCAGCUGUAUAACUCAGAUGGAGCUUGCUGGUCCGUACGGGGAGGACCUCUACAUCAGCUGCACCAUGCCCUCCAUCGAGCUGGGCACUGUGGGAGGAGGCACCAACCUCCCACCGCAGCAGGCCUGUCUGCAGAUGCUCGGUGUCCAGGGAACCAGCCCCACACAGCUGGGCAAGAACGCCCUGGAACUGGCUAGUAUAGUUUGUGGCGCCGUCCUGGCGGGGGAGCUCUCCCUCAUGGCCGCUCUCGCUGCCGGACACCUCGUCAAGAGCCACAUGACCCACAACAGAUCGAAAGUUAACCUGACAGAAACCGAAACUGCUGUGUCACAGUCUGAGACGUGCACGUCAAAAACAUGUUGAAGCUGCAUCCUGGGAACCAGCGCUCCAGCUAACGACACCGUGAUGACGUUCAGAACACAGAAUCAGCAAAAACUGAAGGAUGGUCAGAGAUGCUUGUGUUGGCGUGUUCCCCA